AAAAAAUAACCAAUAAGUAUUAAUUUGCAUUAUUAGUAAUGUUGCAGUUAUAGUUCAGUAACCAAGGAAGCAAAAUGAAAAUCAAUUUGUUUUCGAGAAAUUACUGAUCGAUCGAGUGAUUAUUUUGUCUUAACAAAUUUUUAUAAACGCUAAUGUUCAUAUUUCAAAAUCUCCAUAUUAAACUAUCAGUAGGAAGUUCUCUUUUUCAUGGAUUCCAUAUUUUUCUUUGUUCAGUUUGUUGUUGAUUUUACUUAAUUUGUUCAUUAGAGUUGUAAUUAAGUCUAUUAAAAGUAAAAAUAAAAUAUACAACUAGAUCUGGUUAUCGAAUUUGUUUUUUUCAUAUUAACAUGGCGUGUUAACAAGUACAAUGUGGAAAAUUACAUUUUGUUUCACUGUUUGCUUACCUUUAUUUGUAUGGUGCAACCCUCAAAUUGUAGAGAAUUAUAACAAUUUUAAGUCGGAUUUAAUACCGAUUGUUAUAAAUAACAACAACUACUCGGAACCAUAUUUAAAAGAAAUAAAUGCAUCCAUUUCAUAUUUGUUCUUGUAUAAUUAUACUAAGGACUUUGCUUUUAAACCCCCAAGAGUGAAGGUAGAAUUGUUAGAAACUGACUAUGACGUGAUUGAUCCACUAAUAGUAGUUGUGAGGUAUCGCUCAGGAGUUAUGUCGUGGCAACUUCCAUACGUAGAAAAAUCUCAGCAAAUGAGUUAUAAUAAAGCAGCUCAUAUGUUAUGUCCAUCUAUAAAUACACUUAACAACGAGAGUCAAAUAGUUGUUAGUAUAUCGACAAAUAGCAAAGCAAAUAUGACUUUUAUUUUAAAAUUGGACAUUGAAGAAAAUUUUAAUGUUGUAUUGGAUCAAGAAGUAUCAUUUAACAUAACACCAUCUGAACCUGUAUUUUACUAUUAUAAUUUUUUACAAAAUUCUUCUAUGGUGCUUCUUCAUGUAAAAUCUGAAGAUAGCUUAUGCAUGACACUUUCCAUACAAAAUGCAACAUGUCCUGUUUUUGAUUCUUUGGAAACUGUACAAUAUGAUGGACUGAGACAAACUGUCAGUAAAAGUGGUGGUAUUAUUAUAUCGAGAGAAGAAUAUCCUUUGGGCUUAUUUAUAGUAUUUGUUGUACAUAGUGAUAAUUCAGCAUGUAUUCAAGGAGACUAUCAAGUACAAAGACAACAUUUGAGAACAAAAUAUGUUAGUUUUAUCAUUAAAACUACAGUGGAUUUUAAUUACCAAAUUCUUGACUGUGUAGUGGUCGUUUGUUUAUUUAUUUUGAUUUUUAUUUUGACCGCUUGGUUGUACAAUGGGAAGAGUAAUUCUUUGAAGUUGCAAAUUCCAGUAUUAGAAGAACCUACAACUAGUUCAUAUGGGGCUUCAGUAGAUGCUCAACCGGAUAAUGUUAGCUAUGAUUCAUCAUUAGACGAGACCGAUGUUGACAUUUUGAAAUCACCGGAAUCUUGGAAAGAUUUAAUCAGGACCAAAUCGUGUUUGUACGUUAGUGAUUUAGCAAAAAAAGAUUAUAGAAUCUUGAAAGCAAAAUCUAGAUUAUAUUUGUGGAAUUUGAUCACCGUUGCCGUUUUCUAUUCACUGCCAGUAAUCCAACUAGUAUUUACGUAUCAAAAGGUGUUAAAUGAAAGUGGAAAUCAAGAUUUGUGUUAUUAUAAUUUUUUGUGUUCCCAUAGUUUAAAAUUGGGCCCAUGGAAGUUCAGUGAUUUUAAUCAUAUUUUUUCAAAUAUCGGAUAUGUAUUUUUUGGUCUUCUAUUUAUGUUAAUAACUUUUAAACGAGAAUAUUAUAACGUACAAGAUAAGAAUUGUGGAAUUCCUAAUCACUGUGGGUUGUACUAUGCAAUGGGAUCUGCCUUGGCAAUGGAAGGUAUUAUGAGUGCUUGUUACCAUGUGUGCCCUAAUCAUUCCAACUUUCAAUUUGAUACUAGUUUUAUGUAUAUCAUAUGUAUGUUAAGCAUGAUUAAAAUCUAUCAAACCAGGCAUCCAGAUAUUAAUGCUAAUGCAUACAUAGUGUAUGGCGUCUUAGCUAUUGUGAUUAUACUCGGUCUAACUGGUAUUAUGUACGAAGGCCCAGUGCUUUUUAUUUUGUUUACUUGCUUACAUUUAUCAAUGUGUUUGUGGUUGUCGGCACAAAUAUAUUACAUGGGCAGGUGGAAAUUAGAUCGGAAAACACCCAAAAGAGUUUUUAAUCAUUUAAUGACUGCUCCAAAUCCAAUAAUACCAAAAUAUCCUAAUAGAAUGGUUUUGUUAUCCAUAGGUAUUUUAAUCAAUUUGGGGCUAGCUGUUAGUCAUUGGUUUAUUCCAUUUGGUAACUUUGGGAACUAUCUUUUGACAUUAUUCAUGGUCAAUUUGAUUUUAUACCUAUCAUUUUAUAUUUGUAUGAAAUUGAUAUCCAAGGAAAAAUUAUUACUUUGGCCGAUGUUAUUCAUCUUACUGGCUAUUAUUUGUUGGUCAGCGUCAAUGUACUUUUAUGAACAUAAGUCUAGUUCGUGGACUCUAAGUGCUGCCGAAUCAAGAACGUAUAACACACCUUGCACAUUUAUGGAUUUUUACGACAAUCAUGAUGUGUGGCAUUUCUUAUCAGCCGCUAGUUUAUUUUUGUCAUUUAUGGUGCUGCUAACAUUGGAUGACGAUGUAGCCAACAAACCGAGAUCUACAAUUCCAGUUUUUUAAAAUAUUAUUUGAGAUACAUUAUUUGUGUUGUUUUGGUGAUUGUCAAAUAUUAUAACAAACCCAAGUACGGUUAUUAAUUAUUUAUUAAAAGUUUAAUAUGUGAUAUAAUGUAUUUCUAUAAAACAUUCUAAUAAACAAUGUAAAUACUUACCAAUAAAAUUGGUAAUAUCAUUUUAUAAGAAAGCACACAUAUUUAUUUUCAAGAGAACAUUAUCAUUUUUAUUAUUUUUAUUUUUACACUGAUAAUACCCUUAAUUUGUAAAAAUAUGUGUUAUACUAUUUAUACCUUGAUUAUUGUAGACCGUUUGUCUUGAU